AUGGCCACCAAAGCGCCCUAUCAAACAACCUUUGACCUCGAGCGCACCAUCCAACCCAUCUAUACUGGUGGCAGCGUCGCACUCGACCACUCCGGGCGCAUUCUCGCAACGACCUUGGGAGAAGAUGCGCUGCUCACAGAUUUGAAUACCGGCCGCCAACUGGCGCGGAUUGAAGGAGUAUGCCCAACUUAUUUCUUACCUAUGUGUUCCUAUCCUGCGGCUAACCUGAAAAAAGGAUGGCGAGGUUAUUUCAACUCUCACAUGUAAGUCGGCCGCUUGGAUCCUGUGAGAAGUCCAACACUAAUUCCCUGCGAUCAGUAACCCCUUCCGCCUCACACCUCAUUAUCUGCUCGAGGUCCCUUUCCAUGCGAAUAUACUCUCUUAGAACUUCCCCCGCCUCUAAAUCUGAGAUAAACUACCAGUUACUGCGGACCUUGAAGGCCCAUGCCACGCCCGUCGUGGUACUUGCGGUCGACCAAACAAGCACCCUGUUGGCCACCGGCGGGGCGGAUGGAGUCGUCAAGGUCUGGGACAUACAAGGGGGGUAUGUUACGCAUACAUUUAGAGGCCCAAAUGUGCUUGUAUCUGCGUUACAUUUCUUCGAAAUUGUUGCCGGCAACAAGCAAGAUCCAUUAGGAAUAUCUGCUAGAAAUCGCAAAAGUGCAGAGAGGAAUAGUGAUGGAGAGCAGCCAAACGAGGCAGUGAGAGGCUUUCGAUUGGCUUCUGGCAGUCAGGAUGGAAAAGUCAGAAUUUGGGAUUUGUUUAAACGGGCUUCUAUCGCGGUUCUAGAUUCUCACGUAUCUGAUGUUCGUGCUUUGGAUUAUUCCGUAGAGGAAAACGCGCUCUUGACGGGCAGUAGAGACAAGACGAUUAUGUGGUGGGAUGCGAAAACGUGGAAAGUCAGAAAAGUCGUUCCGGUCCUUGAGGAAGUCGAAGCUGCUGGGUUUCUCGAAUGUGGAAGACUUGUCUAUGCGGGAGGUGUGAAUGGUAAUAUCCGAGUCUGGCAGUCUAGUAAUGGACGAGAAAUCACUCAUCCGCAAGCGCCAAAAUCCGAGGCGGAAGCGAUUGUGGAUGGCUUUUGGGUAUCAAACGCGGGAUUCAUCCUGUCGAUACACUCGGAUCAUACCAUGACUUUGCAUUCAACAAAAUCACUCGAGGAUGUCGGAAGUACUGACAUGAUCUCGGGCUUGGAGGAGUUACGACGGAUAUCUGGUACCCAUGAUGAAAUAAUCGAUCUCGGAUAUCUUCUCUCUGAUCGCUCGCUUCUAGCACUAGCAACCAACUCUGAAGAGGUUCGAAUUGUAUCACUCGCACAGUCCGAUGAACCCAACGGUUCAACCUAUUUCGGCGCAGAUGUCGCGCAGUUAGCAGGACACGAGGACAUUGUCAUCUGUCUUGAUAUCGACUGGUCUGGGCAUUGGAUAGCUACUGGAGCGAAAGAUAACACAGCACGUUUAUGGAGAAUUGAUCCUGAAAAUUCUUCAUUCGCCUGUCACACUACGUUCACGGGGCAUGCGGAAUCUCUUGGUGCUAUUGGACUUCCUCACUCUCCGCCCGUGGAGUCCUCAGCAGCGUUCAAGACCCCUCUUGAUCACCCACCUGCAUUUCUUCUCACUGGCUCUCGGGAUCGAACGAUCAAGCGAUGGGAUAUCCCAAGUCAAAAAGCACCAAGAGCGAUCUAUACACGUAAAGCUCAUGACAAAGAUAUUAAUGCCAUUGAUAUCGAUCACACUUCGCAAUUAUUUGCGUCAGCUUCCCAGGAUAAAACCGUGAAGAUUUGGUCAGUUGAAGAGGGAGAAGUACAAGGAGUCCUUCGUGGCCACAGACGUGGUGUGUGGUCGGUUAGAUUUGCACCAAGGGGUACGCCAAAUAUUGUCGGGGACAGUGGACCAGCUGCUGGCAAAGGACUCAUACUUACUGGAAGUGGUGAUAAGACCGUCAAAAUAUGGAGUCUCUCCGAUUAUAGUUGUUUGCGAACAUUUGAGGGUCAUACAAACAGUGUUCUGAAGGUAGCUUGGUUAAAUGUCCCCAAAGCGGAGGAGAGGGGACGGAAACACGUCCAUGUUGUGAGUGCUGGAGGCGACGGUCUAGUAAAAGUAUGGGAUGCCAAUACCGGAGAAGUUGCAUGCACCUUGGACAAUCACGAGGAUCGUGUCUGGGCCUUGACAGUCAACCCAGCUACAAAUAUGAUUGUCUCUGGUAGUGGGGAUUCCACCAUUACAUUUUGGAAAGAUACGACAUCGGAAACGCAGGCUGCCUCUACAGCAGCCGCAACUCAAUUUGUCGAGCAAGAACAAGAACUUCAGAACUAUAUACAUUCCGGCUCCUAUCGCUCAGCCAUAACUCUGGCUCUCCAGCUCAACCACCCCGCUCGCCUCCUUUCCCUGUUUACAACCGUGUCCACAAACUCGCCUGACCAAUCGAGCUUAUGUGGUUCCAAAGCAGUUGACGAGAUUCUACGCUCAUUAUCUGAUUCUCAAAUAUUCACUCUUCUCCUCAGAAUUCGAGAUUGGAACACCAAUGCACGAACAGCACCUGUCGCACAGAGAAUUCUCUGGACUUUGGUAAAGAGCUAUCCUGCAGCACGACUAUGCGGUCUAAAAGUCAAGGGGGGUAAUAUGAAGGAAGUUUUAGAUGCCUUGAAGGUUUAUACCGAGAGACAUUACAGAAGGAUGGAGGAGCUAGUUGAUGAGAGUUACUUGGUAGAGUAUACUCUAAGAGAGAUGGAUGGGAUGGGCCUUGUUGAUGUGGCUGAGAAGCCAGGUGAUCUCUUACUGGUUGAUGGGGAACAGGAUGUUAUUAUGGUGUAAAAUUGGGGGUCUUAAAUUAGAAGGUCUUUAUGGUUGUAUAUAUUUGGGAAAUAUUUUUAGCAGGAAAUUGUUUUUCACAAUAUGCUAAAGGGUGAUGUUUGGGUUUUGUU